UAUAAAAGAGUGAGGGACUUUGGAGGUAGAGCAGAAGAAACAUCAGUGGUUUCCAAAUCUUGUGACGAGCUGCCACCAACUGCACUGCACUUUCUCCACCACUCUUCACUGGAUCUCUGGCUAGUCUGAGCAGCUCAGACUCUCUCUCUCUCUCUCUCAAACACACACUCCCUCACACACUCUUAUCUCUGUGAGCCUCCUGCUCCUGUGACUGUCACCUGCACUCCUGUCACAGCAUGCAGCUCCUGGUGGUGUUAGCAGCUCUCAUGGGGGUUCUGUUCAGCGUUAGAGCAGCCGCCGCGCUUCCUGUGGAGGAUAGGAGCCCCAUCCAUGUGAAUAGGGAGUCAAGCAAAGAGCGCAAGGAGUUGAUCCUGAAGCUGGUGUCUGGCUUAUUGGAUGGAGCUCUGGACAACAACAUGCUGCCGGAGGAAGCGGCACCUAUGGAUCUGGAGGAGCCGCUGGAGUCUCGUCUGGAGGAGAGGGCUGUCUACAACAGGCUAUCACUUCCUCAGCGUGACCGCAAAGCUCCCUGUAAAAACUUCUUCUGGAAAACUUUCACCUCCUGCUAACAGCGCCCCAAAACCACUCGACCUCAGUUGUACAUAUCAUCCACACUUGUCAGACAUACAGCAUCGAUGGACUUCAGUGAGACAGUGUGUCUGUUUGAAUAUUAAUUAUUUAUGUAUCUAUUUAUGUAUACACUGUAUGUAUUUAUGUAUGUAACAGUUUCUUUCAGGGUCAACACAAUAAAGCAUGGAUAUAAUAUU